UCUUUGUUUUUUUCUUUUUUCUUAGUGUAAAAUGUUUGAAAAAAGUGUUCUGUGGCCAAAAUAAAGAUGGAAAACAAUAGCGAAGGAGAUAAAGCUCUCUGGAAUGGGAACGCUCUGGGCUUUCAUUCCUGCUUCCUGGAGUUCAGGAGGAACUGGGUUCCCUCAAAUGAGUGUGGUAUGAAAAUUUGCUCAAAACCAAAGAAUGAUGGCUGUUUUGGUACUUCAGGUGGAAUUCGUGCGUUUCAGCUUCAGAAAUGGAAGCAGAAAGUUAAUCGAACUAGGAAAGCAGAUUUUAUACGCACAGCAGAAAAAUUUAAGAAUCAAGUUAUUAACAUAGAAAAAGAUAAACACAAUCACUUCUACAACCAAAAAAGUGACUUCAGAAUUGAGUAUAGUAUGCUGGAAGAAUUGGAAAAUAAAUUGAUUAACAGCAGGAAAACAGAAAGAGCAAAAAUCCAGCAACAAUUGGCCAAAAUACAUAACAAUGUAAAGAAACUUCAGCACCAGUUAAAAAAUGUGAAGCCUACACCUGAUUUUGUUGAAAAGCUCAGAGAAAUGAUGGAAGAAAUUGAAAAUGCAAUUAACACUUUUAAGGAAGAGCAGAGGUUGAUAUAUGAAGAGUUUAUAAAAGAAGAGAAAACAACUAAUAUUGAGUUGAGUGCCAUAUCAAGAAAAAUUGACACAUGGGCUUUGGGUAAUUCAGAAACAGAGAGAGCUUUCAGAGCAAUGUCAAGCAAAGUUCCUAUAGACAAAGUAACUGCAAGUACUCUCCCAGAAGAAGUGGUAAAUUUUGAAAAAUUUCUUCAGCAAACAGGAGGGCGACAAGGGGGCUGGGAUGAUUAUGAUCACCAGAACUUUGUAAAGGUGAGAAACAAACAUAAGGGGAAGUCAGCAUUUAUGGGGGAGGUUCUAGAACACCUUCCUGGAAGAACACAGGAUGAAGUUCAACAGCAUGAGAAAUGGUAUCAAAAAUUUCUGGCCCUAGAAGAAAGAAAAAAAGAGUCUAUUCAGAAUUGGAAAACUAAAAAGCAGCAAAAAAAAGAGGAAAUUUUCAAGUUAAAGGAGAAGGCAGAAAACAUACCUAUGUUUUUUCAUAAUAAACAAGAAGAUAAUCAAAAGCAAAAAGAGGAGCAAAGAAAGAAGCAGAAAUUGGCAGUUGAAGCUUGGAAAAAACAGAAAAGUAUAGAAAUGUCAAUGAAAUAUGCUUCCCAGUUAAAAGAAGAAGAAGAGAAAGAGAAAAAGCAGCAGAAAGAGCACCAACGUCAGUGUAAACUAAAAUUACUACUAGAAAACUAUACCCAGCAGAAGAAAGAACAGGAAGAAUUUUUAAGACUCGAAAAGGAGAUAAAGGAAAAGGCAGAAAAGGCAGAAAAAAGGAAAAUUUCUACUGAUGAAAUUUCCAGAUUUCAAGAAAGAGAUUUAUAUAAACUUGAAUUGAAAAUUCUUGAUAGACAGUCAAAAGAGGAUGAAAAGGCAGAAAAACAAAGAAGACUGGCAAAAUUAAAAGAAAAGGUUGAAAACAGUGUUAGCAGAGAUCCCUCUAGACUUUACAAACCUACCAAAGGUUGGGAAGAACGGACCAAAAAGAUAGGACCAACAGGCUCUGGGCCACUUCUACAUAUCCCACACAGGGCUAUUCCAACCUGGAGACAAGGAGUUUAGAAAAGAACAUGAGAUAAUGAAAUUGGUAUUCAGUGAUGAGAAUGUUAGCAUAUUCAGUUAUAAUAGAGUGACUAACAAUGUUCUUUAAAUAUCACUAGUUUAGUAAGAUUGAUUAUUGUGUUGUUAUGUGAAUUAACAGAUAUUAAGUUCCAUUCGGUAUUGUCAUUAGUAUUUCCUGUUUAUACUAAGAAGGUAUUUAAUAUGUAUGCUGGCGUAUGUAAAAGUUUAUUGCUGAAUAAGUUUAUGUUACAAACAGUAUUUCAUUUAAAUACUCAGAACAUUUCAAAGAUAUUUUGUUUUUGUCAUGGCAUUGCAAAUAAAUUGAAACAAUCACAGAAUGACAUUUUUCAAACCAAAAUUUUGUAACAUUUAUAUCUUGGAGGUAAAUUAGCUUGAUUAACAAAAGUGUAAAGUUUUUUUUUUGUUAUGAAAUAAGUACUUUUUCUAAGUUUAACAAAUUGGUAGUUUGUCGGUUACUACAUUUUUGUGUAAUAAAUAUUUUCUAUUUCUUUGAAGCAUGCUUUGUUUUAUAUUUAAAAAUAUGCCUUAUACCUUAUACAUUCCCUGUUGUUUGUAUUACUGAUAUAAUCUUUUUGGUUUCCUUCAGAUUUUCCAAAUUUCCCUUCAGGC